GGGUGUGGGUGGCCCAGGUGUGCAGGGAGCUGGGUGGAGAAGGCCCAAGGUGGCUUCUGAAGUGGGCUUCACCUAGGAGCCGAGCUGGCUGGCAGCCCCAGGUCUGGGGUGCCAGGGGGCCCUGCUGGACACUGCCUCCGGGACCCGAGGCCUGACAUUUGCAGCUGCAGGCUCAGCCUCCUGUCUGUGACCAGGGGGGCUGGUCGGCAGAUGACCGCGAUGGCCCCUCCUCCCCCACUGCCUGGCCGGCUGAUGCUGUGACCUUGGGCAAGUCCCCGGACCUCCUGAUGCUCUUUUCUCUCUGUGGAGUUGUGCUGCUGCCUGCCCUGCCUCCCUGCAGGCUGAGGGUGUCCAAUGAGGACGAGACCGGGGCCUACCUCAUCGACCGCGACCCCACCUACUUCGGGCCCAUCCUGAACUUCCUGCGGCAUGGCAAGCUGGUGCUGGACAAGGACAUGGCCGAGGAGGGGGUCCUGGAAGAAGCGGAGUUCUACAACAUCGGGCCGCUGAUUCGCAUCAUCAAAGACCGGAUGGAGGAGAAGGACUACACUGUCGCGCAGGUUGGGGCGCAGGUCCCGCCCAAGCACGUGUACCGCGUGCUUCAGUGCCAGGAGGAGGAGCUCACCCAGAUGGUCUCCACCAUGUCUGAUGGCUGGCGCUUUGAGCAGCUGGUGAACAUCGGCUCCUCCUACAACUAUGGCAGUGAGGACCAGGCGGAGUUCCUGUGCGUGGUGUCCAAGGAGCUCCACAGCGCCCCCCACGGGCUGAGCUCCGAGUCCAGCCGCAAAACCAAGAGCGCGGAGGAGCAGCUGGAGGAAGAGCAGCAGCAGGAGGAGGAGGUGGAGGUGGAACAGGUGCAGGUGGAGGCAGAUACACAGGAGAAAGCCCAGUCAUCUCAGGAUCCCGCUAACCUUUUCUCCCUCCCACCACCGCCUCCUCCUCCUCCGCUUCCCGCUGGAGGUCCUGCCUCAUCUUCAUCCACCUCUUCUUCUUCCUGGAUCUCAUCUGCACCCUGCCUCUUCCCUCUCUGCCCCUGUCCGGGCUUUCUCUCUGCCUGCUCACGCCUCCAUCCCGGGGCUGCCCUGGUCCCAGGCGCCCCGGCCUCGCAUCUCAGGGCACCCUGCCUGCCGCCUCCCGCACCCCUUCUGGCAGCUCCCGCAUCCUGGCCUGGGGAGCAGGCGUGCCGCUGCACCUCCUCCGCGCCUGCCCAGCCCACCGGGCACCUCUGAGACUGGGCCGCCUGCCCCAGCACCUCACCUCCUCGCCUCCUGCUCACAUUUCCUCCUUGCAGGUUCCUGUCCGCACCCCUCAGACCUGAGGCUGCGCUGGCAGUAAGGGCCUCUCCUCAGCCCCUCACCUGCCCCCCAGAGCGGCCAGCCCUGGUUUGUAGCUUGGCGGCACUGGAGGGAGUGGCGGAAGCCAGGAGGGUGCUCGUCUCUUGUUCCUCGGACUUGGGCUGAACUUGCGGCUGAUUUUCGCCUCUCACCCAAGUUUCUUGGCCGGCCUAUCCUGGCCCUGGGUUAUGAGGCUCUGAGAGGAGGAGUGAGUUAGGGGUGGACACGGUGCCAUCUGCUCAUCUGCGCCAGAGCAGGCUGGGAAGGGGAACAAGCCAGGUGCCUCAGCCUCCACCCUGCACGUGGGAGCGCCUGCCUUGCAGCCUCGAGGCGCCGGGUUCCCUGUCUGCAGGGGUGGGAAGGACUGGAAUCAGCCCCGCUGGCUGUGGGUUGGGGCGUGGCAGACGAAAGCCCUGCUCAGGUGCCCAGAAGCCCAGAGGGGCAAGUCUCUGUCCCUCUACAAUGUUAGCUGCCUCUAAAGUGGGGACAGAUAGCUGCUCACUGUGACCUGCCUCUUGGCCUUGACCCCCCUGGCCAGUCUUGGCAGUAUCUGGCCUCCCAGGCAGCCACCGCCAGCCCAGGAUGGGGCCUGGGGACCCCAAAUAGGCGAGCUGGGUCCCCUUCCUGCUCACCCUCCUUCUGGGCUCUGAAUCCACCUUCUCUGGGCCUCAGCUCCCCUCUCUCCUCCCAGAAGGGACUCUGUGACUCACCUACCUCUCUCUCUCUCCCUCUCUCCCCCACCCCCUCCCUCCAUUUCAACCUCCUCUCCUCCUUCCCCUGGCCCUGCAUCGCCCUGUCCUCCCCCACCGGCUCCACCCCUCACCCCCUUCCCGGUGUCCGGACCACCCCCCACCUGUCCCCCUGCCCCUUUCUCUCUUAUUUUCUAGCUGUUACAGGCCAGAGGCACCCGGAUGUGAGGUCCCAGAUCACCUCCAGGGACUUGGGGUUCCGAUCUGACGUCCUUUAUUUUUGUACCGUGG